GAAGGAAAGCCUGUCACACUAUAAACUGGAGAGCUUUUUUGUCCUGCUCCUGGAGAAGCAGUAAAUCGUCAGAUCAGUAAAGUCAGCGAUCAAAUCCACUUUUCUGCCCAGUGACAGGUCAACGUGGAGCCAGUGUAGGAUGCUGGUGGAGUCACAGGGCUUCUUAUAGCCUCUCCACUCUCUGGAUCAUCUCUUCAUAUCCUCCAGAAGAGCAGUUGGAGGUCGAGCGCCGCUGGGAGCCGUGGCCGCGGUGUGAGCCGGUGGAGCCCGGGAGGUGAGCAGCUGCUCCGCGGCGGAGGAGCCGGGCAUGGAGAUGUUGCGCCGCUCCUCUGUGUUCGCUGCGGAGGUGUUCGACCGCUCGCUCACCGAAAAGGAGCUGGUGUCCCAGGCCAAAGCGCUGUGCAGGGACUACAUCCAUUCCAGGCUGAACCGUGCCGGCAUAGGCUGGUCCAACCCCGACCACGGGCGGGCUGCAUCAGGCGGGACGCAGGGGGAGACGUCGACGGUCCUGCUGUGGCUGGGUGACGAGUUGGAAUACCUUCGACCCAACGUUUAUCGUAAUGUAGCGCGACAGCUGAACAUCACAGUGGCUUCGGAGAGCGUGGUGUCGGACGCAUUCCUGGCUGUGGCUAAAGACAUUUUCUCUACAGGUAUUACUUGGGGAAAGGUGAUUUCUUUGUACGCCGUAGCAGGGGCCUUGGCGAUUGAUUGUGUACACCACGGUCAUCCGGCCAUGAUCCAAACCAUCGUCGACUCCAUGGGAGAGUUUGUCCGCAAGCAUCUGACCUCCUGGUUAAAAAGGAAAGGGGGCUGGGUGGAUGUCACGAAAUGCGUGGUGAACACUGACGCCAGCUUCCGCUCUCAUUGGCUGGUGACUGCUGCCUGCACCUUUGGACACUAUCUGAAAGCCAUCGUGUUGUACCUCCUCAGGGAGAAGUGAAAGACUGACCAGCACUGCGCACCACCAGCACCACUCCACUGAAGCAUCCACUGCUUUGGAAUAUGUUUACACUCGUUUGCACUGAGCCUACAUUAAUGAACACUUGUCCCCUCACAGACAAUGGACUCUCCCAGCUUCUUCCGCUUCCUUGUGUCUAUUUAUUAUUAUAUACAGUUACAUAGUAUAUUGGCACACAUUUGAUGUGAAUGUAUAAAAUCACCCACUGUUAAUGUUUGUAACUUUUAAUUUUUCCACAAACAGCAGAACUGGCUUAUUGGGGGUUUUGGCUGCCCCCAGUGGGGAAAAUGUUAACUACUUUUUUUGGACUCUUCUCACCUAGACGGUAUUAACAGGUCAACAGACUAAUGCAUGUUAGAUAAAUGGAGUAUACAUCCUAUUGUCCCCUAACCAAGGGACUGUAUGAAUAUUUUUGGGGGGACUGGGUUCAGAAAAGGGGAAAAGGUUUUUGGAACUUUUUUCUCACUGCAGAUUUAUAUUUUGUUUCAGCAUGACCAUCAACAAUCCUGUUUCUAUUUCAGGGUUUUAUUUGUCUCAUCACAAUAGCUAGUAUCUAGCGGGAGCAACAAAUCAGCCUGGAGAAAAAACUAUAUUUAGAGAUAUCCCUUGUCUCGACCAAGUUGUUCCUUUACUUAAUCUUUUUAUCACAACUGAAAAGAAGAUUGCGUCAUAAAGAGUCUGUAGUAAUAUAAUAUAAUAUAUAUUGUGCAGAAUAACAUAUAGCUUUAUAUUUUACUAAUUGGAAAAAGAACAACACAUUUUGACUUGGCGCUGAUUAUCUUAUGAAUGUUUAACUGAAAUAAAACUUUAAUUAUGCUUUUUCAAAACUUCCACUAAAAGAUGUAGCCCCCUUCUCCAGUCCCAGAUUAGUCAGAUGAAUUAAGUCUACAACUUCUACACAAUGCAUUUCAAACAGUACUGUACAUUCAAUGCAAUAAUUCCUCCCUCUAUUCCUUUGUUCACUGUGAGGCAGUGUGUUAUAUUGCUGUACUGUGAUAGUAAAGUUACAGUGUGUUUUCUCUGAGUUAGAGCACUUUGAUAACAUUUCAGUGUGUUAGUAGAAUUUAUUCCAUGAAUAAUUUCACUUUUAUAUGGCAUGUAUGUAAGACUAUGUUAUGUAGAAUAUAAGUGAGUCGUUUGCAACUGUAAAUAUUAACAUUAAUAAAUAAAUUGUUUUUACAACUCUC